ACACACAUUCACCACUAUAUAGCUAGUUGGUGUUAAAUUUCUUUGACACAUUAAUAUCAAAGGAAGUAAACAACAACAAAAUGAAUAUAAUUCCUUCAAUACUUCUUUGUGUGUUAAUCACACUAACCAUUGGUGUUGAAAAAAUUGAAGCAGCAAGAGCAUUUUUUGUUUUUGGUGAUUCUUUAGUAGACAAUGGAAAUAACAAUUUCUUAGCAACUACUGCUCGUGCUGAUACAUAUCCUUAUGGAAUUGAUUCUCAAUCUCAUAGAGCUUCUGGUCGUUUCUCUAAUGGUCUCAACAUGCCUGACCUUAUUAGUGAGAAAAUUGGGUCAGAGGCCACAUUGCCAUAUUUGAGUCCAGAGUUGGAUGGUGAAAGGUUACUUGUUGGUGCUAAUUUUGCUUCUGCUGGGAUUGGAAUUCUCAAUGACACUGGAGUUCAGUUUAUUAACAUAAUCCGAAUUGGUGCCCAAUUGGCAUACUUUAAACAAUACCAACAAAGGGUGAGUGCACUAAUCGGAGAAGAUGGGGCAAAAAGAUUAGUGAACCAAGCAUUGGUUUUAAUAACCUUAGGAGGGAAUGAUUUUGUGAACAAUUAUUAUUUGGUUCCAUUCUCAGCAAGAUCUCGUCAAUAUGCUCUUCCAGAUUAUGUUGUCUUCCUCAUUUCUGAGUAUCGCAAAAUUCUUUUGAAUCUGCAUGAAUUAGGAGCAAGAAGAGUUUUGGUGACUGGAACUGGACCAUUAGGUUGUGUGCCAGCAGAAUUGGCUAUGCAAGGUAGAAAUGGAGAGUGUGGGGAAGCUCUUCAAAAAGCUACUAAUUUAUUCAAUCCUCAACUUGUUCAAUUGAUUAAUCAACUCAACACGGAAAUUGGCGGUCCUGAUAGACAUGUCUUCAUUUACGCAAAUGCCUUUGCAAUGCAUUUAGAUUUCAUCGAUAAUCCACAAGAAUAUGGAUUUGUUACAUCAAAAGUAGCAUGUUGUGGUCAAGGAGCAUACAAUGGAAUUGGACUAUGUACCCCAGCAUCUAACUUGUGCCCUAAUAGAGAUAUUUAUGCAUUUUGGGACGCUUUUCAUCCAUCAGAAAGAGCAAAUAGAUUAAUCGUUGAUAAAAUUAUGACUGGAGCUGCCCAAUACAUGCACCCAAUUAACCUUAGUACAAUUAUUGAUUUAGAUUCUAGGAUCUAAUAUGCUUCAUUCCUAUUAGGGUGGUUGUUGAAACCCUAUGAUCUUUGUAAUUUAUUGUAUUCUUGAAUGUUUAAGCCUUUGAUGUCAUUUGUGUCACAAAAAAUAACUUUUAUUGUUAAGUGACUUAUUUAAUUUUA